AUGCUGGAAAGUAAAGAACACCAAGCUCGUCGAAAUACUAUCAAGGAGAUCGCGCGUGCCAUCUCCGAACGUCGCGAAAAUCGAUAUCAGCACAAAGACGUGCAUGACCUCCCCAUUCAGAUCCUCCCCAUGCCCCUGUCCGCCGAUGGAGAACCGUUAUUCGAGUCUGAAUUUUUCUGGCCCUACAAGAAGCCCCUUCCGAAUCCUGAUGAGGAGAUGGAGUUUUCGCCUUCCAGUCCGGAGGAAGCCACGGAUCCGAUGGACGAGGCACACAUCCUAAGCUACUACUUCGGGCAUUAUAUUACCAGUGCCAUACGUCUUGGCAGUGAUAACUGGUAUCACAGUCCCAGACAGCCCAUUGACUUUCCAUGUUCCCUCUGCGAGCUUGAUACUGAGAAUCCCUUCGAAUGGUGCGCGGGUGGUAUAACUGGCAUUCCGGGUGGGCCCCGAAUGAAAUGCUUAUUACUCGAGAGCGUGGACGCGAACGAUGAUCAGAUUACCCGUGGGGAGAUCCUGUGUAUGUGUCGUAUCAUGAUUACUUGCCUCCGUUCCAAAAAGUAUCGUGCCCAUCAAGUCAGUCCGGUGCUACUCAUUUCCUUCGUGGGUCCAAGACAUGCUCGCAUUCUUUUGGGCCAUCAUGAUGGCACCAACCUGGUGAUCCGUCAAUCUAAACGCUUUGCAUUCUGGGAACAGAACAUCCCCGAGAUGAAGAUUCUGCUGCGAUGGUGGUGCUCGUCUGCGGUUGGGGAUACUAUCAAGGGGUAAGAGAGGCUCAAUACUCCCCUAAUCCUGCCUCUCGUUGAACCAGUUAUCUUUGUCGUAUUUGCGUUCAUAUGACGGGUCGGUGUUCUUUUGGUCUGGUUUGGCGUAAUCAAGGAAUUGGGCGGGCUUAUGGCGUUCAAUGGAUGGCUAGGGUUCUUGGUCGUCUUUCGGAUACAAUAAUGACAACAUAUCACGAUCUUAUGCCUCUCACGAUGGUUUGGAGUUGGUGAGUACUGAAGAAGUCAUGGCUUUAGAGGAUAGUCCUAUCAUCGUCUGUCAAUAGUGUUGAG